CAGUCUCUCCCUGCUCUGCACCUUAUGAAGCCUUGGAGUAAAAGCUGCCAGCCCCUCAAUUUGAUUCACUUCCUGUAGUCAGACUCCUUCCAGAAAGUGGAGAGAGAGAGAGAGGAGAGGGGGGGAAAGGAAGGAGUCUUUCUGUUCUAAAUAAGACUCUCUGGAGGAGCAGCGAGCAACUCCUUUGCCUCUGCAAAGCUUCACAACUUCUGUAGUUGUGCACAAAGACAGCAGCGUUUUUUAAAAGAGAGAAUUUUGCGUUAAAAACAAAACUUAUACGCCCGAGUCCAUGCGGAUGGUACAAAGUUUUUGACGCCAAAUCGCCGAGUCUUCUUCUCCUGGUUCCACGCAUCGAGUGUUUGGAGACACUGUGAGGCUCCAGGGAGGUUCAUGUACUGGAAAAAUGAAGUUUUGUCCCCUCUUUCAGAGGGAAAUAAGAUUCUGUCCGAAGGAAUUCCCACGAAGCAGGUGAUCAUCACCGAGCAGCAGAGUACACCGGGAGCCUCGCGCUGCAGUGUGGACUCGAAACACGCGCCAAUGUCUCAGUCGGACGGAGAGUCCCAGCGGUCCAACAUGGAGCCGGAGGACACCCGGUCGUCUCCCAGCACUCCGUCCACUCCCUCCGUGUGCUCACCGAUCUCCACCAGCAGCUCGGUGUCAGCGUCCACCGGGAAGAACAUGUGCGCCAGCUGCGGACAGGAGAUCGUGGACAGAUACCUGCUGAAGGUGAACAACCUGAUCUGGCACGUGCGCUGUCUGGAGUGUUCUGUCUGCAGAACGUCGCUACGUCAGCACAGCAGCUGCUACAUCAAAAACAAAGAGAUCUUCUGUAAAAUGGAUUAUUUCAGUAGGUUUGGUACUAAGUGUGCCCGUUGUGGGCGGCAGAUAUACGCCAGCGACUGGGUGCGCCGUGCCAGGGGAAACGCAUACCACUUGGCGUGUUUUGCGUGUUACUCGUGUAAGAGGCAGUUGUCCACGGGAGAGGAGUUUGGCUUGGUGGAAGACAAGGUCCUGUGUAGGAUCCACUACGACACCAUGGUGGAGAACCUCAAACGGGCGGCUGAGAGCGGCAAUGGUAUCACAUUAGAAGGAGCGGUUCCAACAGAACAAGACAGUCAACCCAAACCGGCCAAAAGGGCACGGACAUCCUUCACUGCAGAACAGCUACAGAUCAUGCAGGCUCAGUUUGCCCAGGACAACAAUCCAGACGCCCAGACGCUACAGAAACUAGCCGACAUGACGGGCCUCAGCAGGAGAGUUAUACAGGUGUGGUUUCAAAACUGCAGAGCAAGACACAAAAAGCACACGCCCCAGCACAGUGGGGCGCCCCCAGGUCAUCUCCAGUCCAGGAUACCCUCGUCCCUGCCCGAUGAGCUGCAUUACUCUCCCUUUGGCAGUCCAGAGCGGGCGCGCAUGGUGGCCCUUCACGGGUACAUUGACAGUCAUCCCUUCUCCAUGCUGACCUCUCAGGGUCUCCCUCACCAGGCCAUGUCGCUGCCACAGCUCCCCCUCAGCCGCUAGCGCUCCACCACUACGACCCCUCGUGACCCCUAAACCUCCGGAUCCUAACCCUCGACCUCCCAUCACUGACGUCUGCAGACCUGACCCAGAGGUCAGGCAGGAGUCAGCUUGGAGAAAAGACACAUCUUACAGGAGCUGCUCGGAAGCAGAAAAAGAAAUGGAAGAACGAGGAAAAAUUACAUCCGUCUUUAUGUUUUUUUUUUUCUUUCUGAGGACAGGACAGGAAUAUCCCACCUGCAGCCACUCUGUCAAAAUGAUGAAGCAUUUAUCAUUAGCGGGAACUCACUGACUGUAUUUUACACCACCUAAAGGACCCAUUUUGCUUCACAUGUACAGCAUCCUCCACUCUGCCAAUCCACCCUCCGACUUCAAGGAGGAAUGGAGUUUUAAAGGGAUGAAACUGACCAAGGAAGCAGGACUGAAGCCUCUGAGUGCUGUCAGAAGAUAAACAAAGAAGGGAAAACUUAAAGGGGGAACUAACUGUCAUUGUGGCCCCGAGGUCCCGGCACACACAGUAGACCACAUUAGAGGUAAGACUCCUCACUCUUUUCUCUCUAAAACAACCAUGAAGGAAACAUAAAUGUAAAUUAAAUAAGUUGACUGUUGAAAUAUUUUCUUUAGGAAUGACAGACUUUUAUGACAUCUCAAAAAACAGAAACUUCUUAGUUACAUUUUAGGUCACUUUUCCAUUGAAAUUCGAUUUUUGUUAAGGAAUGAAAAUGUUGUGUGCCUUAUCUUUUCCAUUAUUAAAAGAAACGUUACAGCAGUGAAUCAGCUAAUUACAAUUCCAGCCUGUAAUCCGUCUCUAAUUUGGGUGUUUUUUUUAUUUUAUUGUGCAGAACAAAUUAUUUUAAAUCUUCUAUUGGUAGAAAAUCAGCAUCUUGACUGUUUAUCACGAAAGGAAAACCACCAAAGCACAAUGUCUGGGCUCGUUUGUUAUUAAAUUAUGGCUGUAACAUUAGAAGCUAACAGAUUUCAGGCCGCCACAAUCCUGUUACGUUUCUUUUAAACUGCGAGAGGGAAGUCUGAGAUGAGCGUACUAGUCAAAAAACACAUUCCUACAAAAUCUGUUCCAAGUAUUUUCACAUUUCCAAACAAGUGUAUUGUCACUAAUUUAUAAUUUCGAAGGUUGCUUGUUCAGCCGCUGUGUGUGUGUGUGUCUUUCACACAAAGAGGGAGUGCUGGUGUAUUGGUACAAUAUGAAACAGACUGGGGUUGUACAUAGUAAGACGUGUGUGUGUGUGUGUGUGUGUGUGUGUGUGUGUGUGUGUGGGCGUGUGUGUGUGUGUGCGUGCGUGUGUUGGCAGGGGUAGAGAGUGUGCAUCUGUAUUUUAGUGCCAUGGCCAUUGUGUGAAGAACAGGAUCCAACAAGACCUCAAUGUCCUUGUAUUUAUUGAGAUGGUAAAUCCCUGUAAAGCACUUUUUUCCUCCUCUGAAAUUGUUUUUGUUUUGUUAAAAAACAUGAAAUGAAAUCCAACAAAAAAGUUUAUUUGAUAGACUGUGCAUCAUAAAUGUUUUGUGUACUAAAUUGCAAUAAAAUAGAAUGUGAUAUUUUUGUGGUUUUUGGAUCAUUUGUGAGGAUAAAUUAAUGAAGCAAUAAUUUAUUUCCCAAACGUUGGGAAAAUGUUUGGCAUCAAGAUUAAAUUAGGCUCAAUUGGAUAGGAUUAUUCAAAUGACAAACGUACAAAUAAAAUAAAUAAAUAUGA